GUGCUUGUAACACGCCGGGCUGGCGGAACGCAUUCGCUUCCCUGCUCACAGUGGUGAUGCCGCACUCGUUGCGAACCAGACGAUCCGCGCUCGGAGCUCGGUGCCCCCGCAGUGCUCGAAGGCGGGCGAUGCAACCCUGAACCAACACCGCUGCAUGUUUGCAUCUGCUAAGGGAAGGAGGGAAUCCAUGGCAUUCUGCUCCCGAGCGCUGGCUGUUCACACACCUGCCUCUGUGCUGCAUCCUGCAUAGAGUGGAUUUUUUUUUCUCUUAUUUAUACACACCCCCACACACAAUUAGGAGCAGGCUCAUGUUGGAUGUCCCUCUGUUGAAUUGCCUAGUGUUGGAUGUUCUUCCUUUGCAGCAGUCUAGCUUUGGAUAUUCUUCAGCUGUGUGGUCUAUUGUUUGGUAUUUCGGGUACAGAGAAGGGUGGCAGGAGCCAUGUACCUGCUGGACAACGAGCCAUAUCCCGAGAUGCUGAAGAGGGGAACUCCUCAGAGGAAGACUGUCUACCGAAUCUCGCUCACUCUUGUCAAACGGGAGGCUGCCACAGCUGAGGCUGGUAGCAAAUCCUCGCCUUCCGCUCAACCUGAGGGGCCUCCGGAGCGACCAGGUUGCCCCAGUGACAGCCACCAUCCUGGAAGCCAGUGCCUGGCAGAGUGUGGUGAAGCCGAGGACGAAUUUGAGCCAGAAGCGAAUCUUCGGAGCUUUCGCACCUUCAGCACUGGCCACCUGGAGCUGGGCAGGUUGAAGGUGGCCAGACGAUCCCAUGAUCUGGGCUUCAAGCUUAAGGACAAUCCGACCAAAGACCUGGUCACACUGAGAUGCAGAGAUGGGACUUCAACUAGACCGAGCAGUAUGCUUGCAACUGUGGAUGUGGAAUUAAAAAACAAGAAAAAUUGGACCCAUUGCACUGAGAGGUUGGUGACAGGGCCUGAAUCCAGGGAAUGUGUUACCGGGUCCAUCAAUCUCACAAACCGGGGAAAGGAUCAACAAGAAGGCAGAGCUUGCACUGAAGGCAGUCGGAGAGGGGAUGCAGCCAAAACAGUUAGUGUAAAGGAGCACUUUGUCCCUUUACAGUCCAUUAAUGCAGACGUGCUUUAUCCAAGGAAAUCACCAAGGACAGGUGGCAAGUUGGCUUUGAAGAAAAUCGAGACAGCCAUCAAGAGAAACUCAAAUGAUUCAUUAAAGAGUCCUUUAGGAGACAAGGAGUUAAUCACAAUGUCCUCUCCUGGUUCAGAGCUUGAUUUCUCUGAGCACAUUGUUCCAAAGGGAGAACAUGGUUUAUUGUCAGUAGCUCCAGCAGUUGGUUCAUCUGUGCUACCUGAUUAUUCGACUGUCUGCGUAGAUGCCAUCAAACAAACACCUCCAAUGUCCAUGGCGACAGACAAGAGACACCCAAGUUUACUCAGAAGAAGUUUCAGCUUCAGACACUGGAAUGGGGAGCUAGUGAGGUUUAAAGUGUUAUCAAAGGAGAAACAUCAUGGCAGUUCCAACUGUCUGUCUGGUGGGGAUGCUGGAAGCGAAUUCAGAAACCAAAAGCUUGAGCCUUAUUGUGGGGAAUCUGUAGCAAAUGAGAAGCGAAACACCUUGGAUGUUGGAGAAGUGCUGAACAAAACUGAUCCACUCUCUGAGCCUGGGCGAUGGGAGCGGGGAAAACGAAAGAACAGGACUUUAGACAACAGUGACAUUCACAAGCUUUCUGAAAACUUAGAGAUGGGGAAGGAUGGCUUUUUAACGGGUACUGUGAGAUCCAGUUCCCAGGAGCACAAACUCUUCAGGUUUUUUAGUGGUAUUUUCUCAAAGCGUGAUGGUACUUCAACACCUGUUACAAGUCCUUAUGGAAAAUCGCACAGGGAUUAUGUUGCCAAAUCCAAAGGAUAUGCUUGCAGCCAGAAGAAAGGUAUCUCACCUCUUGAGCAGUCCAGCAGUGAGAGCAUUGAUGAAAAUACUUAUCAAAAUGAUGCAUUUGUGAACAGCCAAGAGUGGACUCUUAGUCGAUCUGUGCCAGAACUCAAAGUGGGAAUUGUUGGUAAUUUAGCCAGUGGCAAGUCUGCUUUGGUCCAUCGAUAUCUGACAGGAACUUAUGUCCAGGAGGAAUCACCUGAGGGUGGGCGCUUUAAGAAGGAGAUUGUGGUGGACGGCCAGAGUUAUCUACUGCUGAUCAGAGAUGAAGGGGGGCCUCCAGAGGCACAGUUUGCAAUGUGGGUGGAUGCUGUCAUCUUUGUCUUCAGUCUGGAGGAUGAGAACAGCUUCAAUGCAGUUUACUAUUACUACACCAGGAUGGCUAACUAUCGGAGCACCACAGAGAUGCCAAUGGUACUGGUUGGAACGCAAGAUGCCAUCAGUGCCGCAAAUCCACGUGUGAUCGACGACUCCAGGGCCCGGAAACUCUCCAACGAUCUGAAGCGAUGCACCUACUACGAAACAUGUGCUACCUAUGGCCUGAAUGUGGAGAGGGUGUUUCAAGAUGUUGCCCAAAAGAUAGUGGCCACGCGAAAGAAGCAGCAGCUCUCCAUUGGACCAUGCAAGUCGCUGCCCAAUUCCCCGAGCCAUUCGUCGGUGUGCUCUGCACAAGUCUCUGCUGUUCACAUCAGCCAGACAAGCAAUGGUGGAGGAAGUUUGAGUGAUUAUUCUUCUUCUGUCCCUUCCACACCAAGUACAAGUCAAAAGGAGCUGCGAAUUGACAUUCCUCAAACUGCCAACACUCCAACUCCUGUUCGCAAACAGUCUAAACGACGUUCCAACAUAUUUGCUUCUCGAAAAGGAAGUGAGCUAGACAAGGAGAAGAAAAAUCUUGACACCAGAGCAGACAGUAUUGGGAGUGGCCGAGCAAUCCCAAUUAAGCAGGGUAUGUUACUCAAGAGGAGUGGGAAGUCACUAAACAAAGAGUGGAAGAAGAAAUACGUAACACUGUGUGAUAAUGGGAUCUUGACAUAUCAUCCAAGUUUGCAUGAUUACAUGCAGAAUGUCCAUGGAAAGGAGAUUGACCUCCUUCGGACUACAGUCAAGGUUCCUGGAAAGCGGCCCCCUCGUGCAACCUCGGCCUGUGCCCCCCUCUCCAGUCCUAAAACAAAUGGUCUGCCCAAAGACCUGAGCAAUUUGCACAUUACGCAGAACCCAGGUAAUGUGACCCCUACAGGCUCAGCAACACAGAUGGCAUGUGGAAUCAGCCUGGUCUCCUUCAACAGCCGUCCCGAGGGCAUGCACCAACGCUCAUACUCCGUGUCCAGUGCUGACCAGUGGAGUGAAGCCACGGUCAUCGCCAACUCUGGCAUCAGCAGUGAUACUGGCCUGGGAGACUCUGUCUGUUCAAGCCCCAGCAUAUCAAGCACCACCAGUCCCAAGAUAGAGCCUCCACCUUCACCCCACGCUAACAGGAAGAAGCAUCGCAGGAAGAAAAGCACCAGUAAUUUCAAAGCAGAUGGCAUCUCCGGCACGGCAGAAGAGCAAGAAGAGAAUUUUGAAUUUAUAAUCGUUUCUCUCACGGGCCAGACCUGGCACUUUGAAGCUGCUUCUUAUGAGGAAAGAGAUGCAUGGGUCCAGGCAAUUGAAAGUCAGAUUCUGGCUAGUUUGCAAUCCUGUGAGAGCAGCAAGAAUAAGUCACGACUGGCAAGCCAGAAUGAAGCCAUCGCUAUUCAGUCAAUCAGAAACAUUCGUGGCAACUCUCAUUGUGUGGACUGCGAGGCAUUAAAUCCAGACUGGGCCAGUUUGAACCUAGGAGCCCUCAUGUGCAUUGAAUGCUCAGGUAUCCACCGCAACCUUGGCACCCAUCUGUCACGGGUCCGCUCCCUUGAUCUUGACGAUUGGCCCCUGGAGCUCAUCCGAGUAAUGUCAUCCAUUGGGAAUGAAGUAGCUAACGGCAUCUGGGAAGGAAGUGCUCAGGGACGCACCAAACCCUCACCAGAUUCCACAAGGGAAGAGAAGGAACGUUGGAUCCGUGCUAAGUAUGAACAGAAACUGUUCCUGGUUCCGCCACCAUGUUCGGACAUUCCCCUGGGACAACAGCUGCUACGUGCUACAGCCGAGGAGAACUUACGAGCUGUCAUCUUACUUCUGGCCCACGGCUCCAAGGAUGAAGUAAAUGAGACUUAUGGAGAGGGGGAUGGACGCACGUCCCUUCACUUGGCCUGUAGGAAAGGGAACGUUGUCCUCACCCAGCUUUUGAUCUGGUACGGAGUUGACAUAAUGGCACGUGAUGCCCAUGGAAACACUGCGCUGGCCUAUGCCAGACAAGCAAUGAGUCAAGAGUGCAGCGACAUCCUACUGCAGUAUGGGUGCCCUGAGGAACACUUCAUCCUGGUGGCGACUCCCAACUUGUCCCGCAAGAGCAACAACCGCAACAACAGCAACAACAACGGAAGGAUGGACACCAAACUGCCCACUGUUAUUUGAAGAAGAGUGCAUCAGACUCUUGUGUUUAGAGAGCAGCACUGAACCUCUCCCUUUACAGCCUCGUAUCUGUGAAACCUCAUUCCACUCCUGAUUAAGUUCUCAAAGCAGCGUAACACCACGUAAAGCCAGAGAAACGGGGUAAAGAAGAUGCCCAGUCACAGAGCAGCUCAUUACACAAAUGAGACGAGGUUCUGUGCCGUCAAAAGAGAGAUAAAGAUUUGGAAGGAUCAGGAAUUGUCCGAGUGAAGAAAGACCAGUGGUAAGGGUGAGAGCUUUGUGCUUUUACCUCACUGGGCCAAUUUGUGAAUGCAGACAAGGGAAAUUGGAACGUUCAGGCAUUGACAAUUAGCUGUCAGUACAUUUCACCUCUACCAAACAGGUUGAUUCAGCUCUUCUGUGGAGGGCCCUUGCUGACAUAAAUCAGCUGAGAGCACAGAGUUUGUCAGGUUUGAAGCUCCUAUGAUGGUAUGUGUCAAAUCAGUUGUGGCUAAUCUGUCCGGGGAGAAUACUGGCUUCAUUACACUUGUAUAGUUCAGUUCUUCCAGCAUUACCACUGUUUAAUAGAACAUGAUUAGUCAUAAUAGAGAAAAGCAUAUUAGCUGAGGAGGUAGUUACAUGGCACGGUUCAAUGACUGCUUGGAUGUGAUUGUAAUAUUCUCUCAAGAAGCACAGUAUCUCAGUUACGUUCCUUCCAGUCCUUUGAGCCCUCCUUCCUAAAUUCACUGCCGUAAUUUAGUGUGUAUUUAAUUUUUGGUCCUCAUCCUAUUGAAAAGAAAGAAAUGGGGUCCUUUACUCACCCAGCUGUUGCCCUCCUCCCCUUUAAAUGACCCCCCUAACACGCACGCACGCACACACACACGCACUAAUGCUCUGCUUAGAUGUAAUCUGUUAAGUAAAUGCAGAGACUGCUGGUUUUUGAAUGUCAGGUGCUGUGCUGUAAAGAAUUAAAAGGCUGUAAGCAUUAUUUAGUGCGUCCAAAUGAAGAAAAGAAAGGAAAUUGCUUAGUCUUUGCCUCCUUUCUCAGCCACUAUCAUACUUCCCCUCUGACCUGCAUUACCACUGGCAGCAUCAUCCGCAGUGUGUAGGAUGGUUCUCUUGUCCAAGGAAACGUUUCCUGAAAGAAUUUUCUGUCCUGUUUGUAAGUAUGAUGUAAACUCUGAUGCUAUAAUAUUUAUAUGUUGUACAUAAUUUUGUUCGUUCCAUCGGGAUUUUUGACUUUUAUUUUGCAGGGAGGGAAAGGGGGUGAUUUGAAAACCCUGAUGGCAGUUCUUUUCUCUGGAAAAUGGCUGAUCCAGUCCAUGAGUUGUUAGCUGCUUGUCAUUUGCUUUUUUUGGGAGGGAGUGACGCUGUGAGGAUGGGGUAGAAAUUGAGUAAUUUGGAUAAUAAUGGCCAUUAAUGCACAGUUUAAAACUCCAUUCUACACUCCAGCAUUGAGUCCAAAUAGGAUGCAUUUUUCUAGUACUUCCUUGCGUAUUCUGUGUGACAGAUCCCUGGUGAAGACCUAUUUAAUCAGAAGAAUUCAGCUCCCUCUAACAGACUUAAACUUCCUUCAAAAUGGUCAUCGACAUCACUACACUACAGAAAUCGAUUUUACAUCCCCCCACCAUUUGAAUAAUGAAUACUUAGGCUUGGCAGUUUUCAGUGACUACAGUGUGAUUCCACUGGUAAAUCUGAGGGUCAAGUUGCUCUGGCCUUCAAAAUUUUAAUGUACCGAAUCAAGUCUGAGUAUUAUGAAGCACAAUGUUGAUUCAUGCCUAUGGUGCAUGCCCCAAUUACAAAUCUACUGCUUGGCAAAAAAAGGUGUUGAAGGAGGCACCAUGUUGCAUUCCCGUCCAAUUGAUGAAAAGUGUCACAGAGGUGCGGGCGCCAUCAGUACAAUCAGAAAUAUUCAUUUCAUAUAUCAUGUACAUUUUUCCAAUCUCCUCUGUCGUAGAUUGGCAGGUUUUGUGGAGACCAUGACAGGUUAGUUUCACUCACAGCUGGGUAAAAUCGUCAUAAAGACUAUUGAUCAUGGAUUUUAGAAAGACGGGAAAGGGGCUAAAGAUCUCUGGCAGCUAUCUACUCACCACUGAGCCACUGAUUUGAAUCCUGGUAUACAUGUGUUGCUCAAACACAGCUUGGCAAGUUGGACUGAAUUGUGCAGCGUUUUAUCUGGUGCACUGACAUUAAUUAAAAUGUCCUACUAAAAUCCCUGCUGGAUUUCCACAGGCACGAGAACCUUUGUGUUUCCUCUAAUUUCCCUCUGGUCUGACAAACAAACACGCACAAUUCUGUUUGGAAAAGUCACAGGAUUCACACACCACCCAAAACGUGUUGACAGAGAUCCUUCACUUUCAGCAGUCAUGUGCAUCUAAGUGCAUUUAGUAUCCAGUUUGUCAUUGUGCUAAGGUGAUGCUCUUGUGUUAAAACUGACAGUUUUACUUGCCUUGACAACAACAAAAUAAAACAUACAAGGGAAUUUGCUUUUCCGCAAUUCAUUCAUCUUUUUUAAAAAAAAGUUAUUACUGUAGAAUGUGCAUCAAAGAUCAGAUAACACCUUCAGAUUCUAUGUCACAGAUCUAACAAACCAUAGAUUAUGUGUAAUAAGUAGUAAGCAUUUUCUUCUCCUGAAUCAUUGCUCUCAUACUCAUGUGAGACCUGAAUCACUUCUCUAACACUCCUGCAUAUCUGAGUCAUUACUGUAACACUCCCCCAAAUCCCAAGUCCUUGCUCCAAUAUUUCACUAAUCCCAAAUCGUUACGCAGCAAUACUCCUCCAAAUCCUGAAUUAUUGUUUUAAUGCCCCUCCAAAUCCCAAACCAUUGCUGUAACAUUCCUCCAAGUCCUGAAUCAUUGCUGCCAUACCACUGUUAGGUCACUGCUUCAAUCUGUUCCGAUCUUAAAUCAUAAAUCUAACACAACUUCAUAAGACACAGUAUCAAUCCAACAUCCUUUGGGUCCUCCAUCUCAUAAUGACAACAGCAUAUGGAACUAAAGUGGUGAAAAGAACUUUGGCAAAGAUUCACUGCCAUGUAUAUAUACAGUAAGUAUUUCUCAGUGACAAUUGAUAAUCUGGUCAGUUUAAUAAUUUGUUGUCAUCUAAAUGCCCUAUUUGGAUUACUGUUUUGGAAUUAUGAGGUGUGUAUUCGCCACAUUCCUGCUUUGUAAUUCCUGUGUUUCUGGUUUGUUUAGGGAGAGCAUCCCUAAAGAGUGCCAAGCCUAAAUAUAAACGUAUUCCUAAUCGUGCUUUAUAAACUGUGCCAGUCAUUACUGUACCUGGAAUCAGUUUAUCUGCUGUUACACUAAUCUGGAAUGUAUCUGUAAAGAGCUGUUAGCUGGCAGUCAUAUCUCAGUGUAAAUAGAUAUAAUAUGGACACUAUCAGAAUGAAUGGUUUAAGUUUUAAUAUUACCUCAUUUGGCAGUUCAUGUUUUGCAAUGACUAGAUGCUUUAUUUAUAUGUUUGUAAUAAUAAUGAAAGCUGUGUGACGUUGCCUGCAUUUUGCCAGUGGAGUUUGUUAGGCUGAGUUAUGAUUGACCAUAUCAGUAUGUAUUAUGAUUUUGUGGGUCAACUGUACAGUACUCUGUUAAAGACUGUAAAGUAAUGCAAGGAGACUAAAUGCUGUAAUUGUAAAAUGUCUCUUUUCAAUAAAAGAAAACUUCGUAAUA